AUGGAGAGCUGGGCACCUUACCUAUCACCAUCCGGCUCGGCACCGCCUCGCCCGGCACGCAGGCCACGCGCGCCGCCACCCUCCGACAGCUCGCCUCGCUCGCGCGCCGCGCCGCCGCCCAGCGUGCGUCGGCAGCUCGGCGGCGGCGGCGGCGGCGCGUCGGACGCCGCCGGGGACGGCAAGCCAGGGCCGCCGCAGCAGCAUCAGAGGGGCGACGGCACCAGGGAGGAGCUGGAGCGGAUCGCCGCGGAGACGGGCGUCCUCCUUGUGGUCGGCGUCAUCGAGCGCGCGGGCGGCACGCUGUACUGCUCCGUCGUGUACGUCUGCCCGCGCGAGGGCACCCUGGGCAAGCGUCGCAAGGUGAUGCCUACCGGCACGGAGCGCCUCUGCUGGGGCCAGGGCAGCCCGAGCACCCUCCGCGCCGUGUCGACGACGAUCCGCGGCGCGCGCGUCAACCUGGCGGCGGCCAUCUGCUGGGAGAACUACAUGCCGCUGCUGCGGCACGCGCUGUACGCGCAGAACGUGAACCUGUACCUGGCGCCGACCGCGGACAACCGCGACCAGUGGAUGGCGCUGAUGCGCACGGUGGCGGUCGAGGGGCGGUGCUUCGUGGUCAGCAGCAACAUGGCCGUCCGGGAUGGUGGCGGUGCUGUGAACGGGGUGGAAGAGGAGGAGGAGGAGGAGGAAGGUGGGGGGGAGUAUGGGGAGGUGUCGCCGACGAGGACGACGAUGAGGAGGCGCAACUCGACCAUCACGGCCGAGGGCAACGAGAUUGCGCUGCCGGCGGGGGUCUCGCCGAGCCGCGCGCGUCCGCAGCAGCAGCAGAGGCGUCCGCGCAGGCGGUCCGUGUUUGACAGCGACGGCAACGAGAUUGUGCUGAGCUGCGCCGCCGACGACAACGCCGACGACACCGCCGCCCGGACGACGACCAAUGGAGAGGCAGCCGCGCAUACCGGCCCCGCAAAGGCGGCCGGCUCGGCGCCCGGGUGGCUGUCCCGCGGUGGCUCGGCCAUCGUCUCGCCGUACGGUGACGUGCUCGCCGGGCCGCAGUGGGAGGACCCGGAGGGCCUCGUGUGGCACGAUGUCGACCUGCGCGACUGCAUCCGCGGACGGCUGGACCUCGACGCCGCGGGGAGCUACUCGCGCAACGACUCGUUCAAGCUGACCGUGACGGGGCUGGACCUGGAUCCCUUGCCGUAUUGA